GCCGUGGUGGAGACGGCGGAGGAAGCCACGGAGCCCGCCGAGGCGGACAUCACGGGGCUGUGCCAGGACAUGUUCUCCAAAAUGGCCACGUACCUGACGGGCGAGCUCACAGCUACCAGUGAAGACUAUAAACUUCUGGAAAAUAUGAACAAACUGACUAGCUUGAAGUAUCUAGAAAUGAAAGAUAUUGCAGUAAACAUAAGUAGAAACCUAAAGGACUUAAACCAGAAAUAUGCAGCACUUCAGCCUUAUCUGGAUCAGAUCACUCUAAUUGAGGAGCAAGUAGCAGCUCUUGAGCAGGCAGCUUACAAAUUGGAUGCAUAUUCAAAGAAACUAGAAGCAAAGUACAAGAAGUUAGAGAGGCGAUGA